AAACGUGGCUAUUGAAACUGACUUUCCAAAAAUAAACAGACAGCACAGAGAUACGCUAUCUUAAUUCCUUCAGACUUCAUCUGUGUCACUCACAGUGUUCAGUCUCUCUCUCUCUCUCUCUAUCUAUCAACCUCUUUAUUUUCUUUUUCCAGAAAAAGAAAAUUUCAAUUUUAAUUUGCACAUUUAUUUAUUAUUUAUCACCAUCAAGAUAUCUAUAAAUGGAAACCAAACCAGACAGUGCAACCUUUCCCCAAGCACACUCGCAUCGCAUCAACAACACAGUGCAACACCGAAAAACCGAAACAACAUAGAACCCUUCGUUCAGAAGAAGCCAUGGAAGCAGAAGGAGCAGCGAGAGUCAAAGCAGAGUUACUGGACGACACCAGUUCCGGCCUCUCCGACGACGGUUUCAGCGAAAUCAAAGAGCUAGACGCCGUUCACAUCAAACAAGAGCUUCCUGACGCCGCCGCCGCCUUGCCGAAACCAAUGGAAGGGUUGCACGAGGUGGGCCCACCGCCCUUCCUCAAGAAAACAUACGAAAUGGUGGAUGACCCGGACUCCGACCCGAUUGUGUCAUGGAGCCCCGCCCGUGACAGCUUCAUCGUCUGGGACUCUCACGAAUUCUCCAAAAUCAUUCUCCCUAAAUACUUCAAACACAGCAAUUUCUCCAGCUUCAUUCGCCAGCUCAACACCUAUGGGUUUAGGAAGGUUGAUUCAGACCGUUGGGAGUUUGCAAAUGAAGGGUUCCAGGGAGGGAAGAAGCAUUUGCUGAAGAACAUAAGGAGGAGAAGCAAGUACAACAAGCUGCACCAGCAGGGGACAGGGUUCAAUUUGAUGAAGCCUGGGUUGGAGGAUGAGGUGGAGAAGCUGAGGAAGGACCAGAAUAUAUUGAAAGUGGAGAUUCUGAAGCUCAGGCAGCAGCAGGAGAAUUCACACGUUCAGCUCACCAAUGUUCAGGAGCGGAUUCGGCGCACGGAGUUGAAGCAGUGCCAGAUGAUUUUCUUCCUCACAAGAUUGGCAAGAAGGCCAAUGUUUGUUGAGCAGUUGAUCCAAAGGGUCAAGCGGAAAAGAGACAUUGAAGGCACUGACAUGGGUAAGAGACCAAGAUUGCUUGGAACUCAGUGCCCUGUUACAAUUCCUAAUGUUGAUUAUAGACACCAAGGUUGUGAUCAAUUUGCUACACUACAAUCUGAGCUGAAUGGGCUCUUGUCUGAAAAUGUUGAUGCUAGCAGGAUGCAGCCACCAGGUCCCUCUUCCCUUGAUGAUGAAUUGUGCAGCUCAGUGCAGGGUUUAAGGGCAUGUGGUUCUAGAGCACAGGAUGUGUCUUCUGCUUAUCAUGUGAUGUCAGAAAAACUGUUGGGGGAGAAUUCUAUUGUUGAAGAGGAACUUGAUGUGAAUGACUCCAAUAUUUAUCUUGAGUUGGAGGAUUUGAUAAGCAAGCCAGCAGAUUGGGUUGGAUCAGCAAGUGGGUUGAUGGGGCAAACUAGUUGAAUCCUGAAUGAAUAUCAUCCAUGCCUUGAGUCAUGUGUGUGUUCAUUUGCAGAUUGCAAGAGCAUGUCUAUGCUGAUUCAUACUCUGCUGCAACAAGAUGAAGAGCAAGAUAUUAUAAGGCUCUUAAAGUACCAGCUCCAAAAGUACAGGACCAGAUGCUCGCAUCAGUUUUAUAUGUUCAAGCAAGAACUUUUUGUUUCUGUUGGGCUGGGUCCAAACUGUGGAUAUGUUGUCUAGCUCUAGCUCCUUUGUGUUUAUAUUUUGAUCUUGAAACUUUCGUUUUCCUUGCUCGUUUCUUAUAUACCACCAUGUACAUAGCUAAGCAUCUUAAAAAGCAGUAGUUACUAUGUAAUUUGUAAUCUGAAAAAUACUUACAGUUCCUUA